AUGCCACCUCGUGCUGAUUGGGAGAAAUACAAGAAAGCAGAUGAAGAUCAAAAAGAUGAAGAAAAGAUUGUGGCACUAGAUGAAGGAGAUAUCCAACUCCUCAAAACAUACGGACAAGGACCAUAUGCACAAAGAUUGAAAUCGAUCGAAAAUGAAUUGAAAGAAGUGCAAAAACGUGUGAACGAACGAAUGGGAGUAAAAGAGAGCGAUACAGGAUUAGCACCACCAAAUCUAUGGGAUUUGGCAGCCGAUCGUCAAAGAAUGGCACAAGAACAACCAUUGCAAGUGGCGCGAUGUACAAAAAUCAUCAAAGCAGAUUCUGGAAAAGCAAAAGAGAACGGACAGGAAGGACAAGCACAACAGAACGGUGCAAGUGGAUCAGAAAGCUCUUCAGAAGGAGGAGGCGAAGGCGCCAACGGUGAAGGUGAUCGGACAGGUGGCCUAGCAGGCGCUUUGGGUGGUCUCGGCGGUCUCAGUAGAGCAUUCGGUGGAGGCGCAAAUGCAGAAGAGGAAGACAAGUAUGUCAUCAACGUGAAGCAGAUUGCAAAGUUCGUUGUCGGAUUGGGUGAUCGUGUUGCUCCAACAGAUAUCGAAGAAGGAAUGAGAGUGGGAGUCGAUCGUACAAAAUACCAAAUCCAAAUCCCUCUACCGCCCAAGAUUGACCCGAGUGUGACAAUGAUGCAGGUUGAAGAGAAACCUGACGUGACAUAUGGAGAUGUGGGAGGAUGCAAAGAACAGAUUGAGAAGCUGCGUGAAGUUGUAGAAACACCACUUCUAGCACCGGAAAAGUUUGUCAACUUGGGUAUCGAUCCUCCAAAAGGUGUUUUGCUCUAUGGACCUCCAGGAACAGGAAAGACGCUCAGUGCCAGAGCUGUGGCCAAUCGAACAGAUGCAACCUUUAUUCGUGUAAUUGGAUCUGAAUUGGUGCAAAAGUAUGUUGGUGAAGGUGCAAGAAUGGUUCGUGAAUUGUUUGAAAUGGCACGAACAAAGAAGGCAUGCAUCAUCUUCUUUGAUGAAGUAGACGCCAUUGGUGGUGCCCGUUUUGAUGAUGGUGCAGGUGGAGACAAUGAAGUGCAAAGAACGAUGUUGGAAUUGAUCAAUCAACUUGAUGGUUUCGAUCCCCGCGGUAAUAUCAAGGUUUUGAUGGCUACCAACAGACCUGAUACCCUGGAUCCUGCUCUUUUACGUCCAGGAAGAUUGGAUCGUAAAGUUGAAUUUGGUUUGCCUGACAACGAAGGUCGUGCCCACAUCUUGCGCAUCCAUGCCCGCUCAAUGAGCGUUGAAAAGGACAUCCGUUUCGAUUUGAUUGCACGUCUAUGUCCCAACACAACUGGUGCUGAAUUACGCAGUGUUGCAACUGAAGCGGGAAUGUUUGCCAUCCGUGCCCGUCGUAAGAUGGCAACCGAGAAGGAUUUCCUUGAAGCCGUUGAAAAGGUCGUUCGUGCUGGACAGAAAUUCAGUUCGACAGGUCUAUAUAGUAACUACAAUUAACAUGUAUCAUUUGCAUAUCAGUAAAAUUUAUAGCAUACAAAC